UGGUAUAACAAAUUUCUCAAAACUUUCCCUGGCUACACUUUUUUCCUUUUUUUUUUUUGGGGGUUUCAAAAAACAAGAUUUUUAUACUCAGGUUUUCUCAUAAGAGGUAUCUUUGUCUCAAUCUCUCAUAAAAAUACAAUCUUUUUCAAAAAGGGAGUUCUUUUUUAUUAAUUUAAGAUCCCUUUUACAUAGUAUAUUCAAAAGGGGUGGCCUUGUUCUCCCCUUAUAAAUCUUGUAAAGAAAUCUUGAGUUCUUACAAGGUAUUUACAAAAAGGUGUCUUUUUUGAAAGUUCAAGAAUCUUUUUUUAAAUUUUUACAAGGUUUUCUCAAAAAGUUCUUUUUUUUUUUACAAGUUCAAAGACUUGUAAAAUAAAAAAAAUAAAAAUAUGGAGAGUGUAGAAGAAGGAUUGUUAUUGAAAGAAAGGGAGUUAGUUAAAUGGGGAGUAAUUUGGGAGGAAGUGAAGGAAAUUGGUUAUUUGGCUGGUCCUAUGAUAAUUGUGACACUUUCACAGUAUUUUUUGCAAACAAUAUCAUUGAUGAUGGUUGGUCAUUUGGGUGAACUUGCCCUCUCAAGUACUUCUAUUGCUAUUUCUAUUGCUGGAGUCACUGGUCUCAGCUUACUUGUAGCGCGCCUUACUACUCUAUGGAUGUCGAUAUAUAUAAGUUAAGCUCAGUUUUACUUGUAUACAUAUUUUAGCUGGGAAUGGGCACUGCACUAGAAACUCUUUGUGGACAGGCUUUCGGAGCGAAACAAUAUCAAAGACUUGGUACUCAAACAUACACAGCCAUUUUGUCUCUCUUCAUUGUUUGCAUUCCCAUUGCAGUUUUAUGGCUAUAUGUGGGGAAAUUGCUUACUUUCAUAGGGCAAGAUCCUCAGAUUUCUCAUGAAGCCGGCAAGUUCAUUAAGUGGAUGAUUCCUGCUCUCUUUGCUUACGCAAAUCUUCAACCACUUAUUCGGUACUUUCUAAUGCAAAGUAUGAUUGUUCCAAUGCUCAUAAGCUCUUGCAUUACCAUAUGCUUCCACAUACCGCUGUCUUGGGUGCUAGUGUUUAGCUCUGGUUUAGGUAAUAUUGGUGCAGCAGUGGCUUUUGGUUUAUCGAUGUGGUUGAAUGUCAUAAUCCUUGCUUCAUACAUGAAGUUGUCUCCUGCUUGUGCAAAAACCCGUGCACCAGUGUCAUGGGAGGUCGUCAACGGAAUGAGAGAGUUCUUUCAGUUUGCUAUACCUUCUGCUGUCAUGAUUUGUCUUGAAUGGUGGUCAUUUGAGCUGCUCAUCUUACUAUCUGGACUAUUGCCGAAUCCCCAACUUGAAACUUCAGUACUAUCUAUAUGCCUGAAUACUAUUUCUACGCUUUAUGCAAUUCCAUUUGGUCUCUCUGGCGCUGUAAGCACUCGAGUUUCUAAUCAAUUAGGAGCUGGAAAUCCUCUAGGAGCUCGUGUAUCUGUGAUUUCUGUAAUGCUCCUUGCAGCCACAGAGACGAUACUAGUUAGCGCAGCUGUAUUUGCUAGUCGGAACGUAUUUGGCUACAUUUUCAGCAACGAGAAGGAAGUCGUGGACUAUGUAGCAAAGAUGGCUCCUCUUCUAUGUCUAUCAGUCAUUACUGACAGUCUUCAAGGAACCCUUUCAGGUGUCGCGAGGGGAUGUGGUUGGCAGCAUAUCGGAGCCUAUGUGAAUCUUGCUUCAUUUUACCUUUGUGGCAUUCCUAUCGCUGCUUCAUUAGCGUUUUGGCUCAACUUUCGAGGAAAAGGCCUGUGGAUGGGCAUACUUUCUGGUGCAGCUCUGCAAACUAUUCUACUUUCUGUGAUAACAUGCUGCACAAACUGGGAAAAACAAGCUGCAAUGGCAAGGGAGAGGCUUCAUGCUGAUGAAAAAUCAUCAGUAGAUAACGUACUAUCGUAAAAAAAUGCAGAAAAUUCUCUUCGAAAUACUCGAGUAAUGUUAAUUGGUUUAUUGAGGCAUCUUUGCUCCGUGAAACCUGAAUAACAAGAGGCCAAGUGUCAUUUCCGAGUUGUUAGCGGAGCCACGACAACCAUUGAGAUGACCUCGAGAUAUGUGCUACACUUAUUGUUGAGGUCGAGGAUUACAAUAAAAGGUUAGUAGGUAGUUGAGGGUUAUUGUACUUCUAGUUGUACGCUUUAGGUACCAUAUAUGUGCUACACGUAUUGUUGAGGUCGACGAUCACAGUAAAAGGUUAGUAGAUAUCGAAGGUUAUUGUACUUCUAGUUGUACGAUUUAGGUACUAUGUAUUUCUUGUUUCCAAUUUGUAUUAAUAUAUGUUGCUACAUUUGUUUUGAGCGUUGCUAUUUUGUUA